UUUCUCCACACCAAGCAGCCACGAAGUGGUGAUUACAUCCUCUGCUGCAAGGUCCAGAACAAUAUGUAAUCACCAGAGGAGGCGGCUGCGUGGGAGGAUGAACAAGUCAGUCCCUUUGGGAAAGACCGACUUUCUGAUGUAUUAGCCACGGCCUCUGCUAGCAUGCCACUCCCAAUUUUUAGAAAUCACCACCAAGGCAAAUAAGGUCUAUGGCGCGCUGCGAAGGAGCCCCGACCGUCGGUGGAAUAACAGAGCGGGGGUAUCUUCAACGCUGCCUGCUGGGAAGUGACUUCCUCCUCGCCGUCACCCUGCAACACCACUCAUCGAUCCAUCAUCAGUCAACUACCAGUCUAUUCCAUUGUUGAUUCAUCUAUCCAACCUCCAUCCUCUCUCAACCCAGCAGGCAUCAAAAUGAUCAAACAAGUCCUCACACUCUGCGCUCUAGUGACCCUCGCACAAUCCAAGGCGAUUAUCACCAACCUCUGCACCCAUCCCGUCUACAUUUGGUCAGUGCCUGAGGUCUAUGGAGCUGCCGACAACUAUGCUGUCCAGCCUGGACACAUCUACGAGGAAGUCUUCCGCUAUGGCACUGAAGCCAACCCUGGAAUCGCAAUCAAGGUGACGGAUCGUCUGAAUGGGAUCCACGCGGGCAAGGGUGAGAUCGACUUCCAAUACACCGUCGACAAGUAUGACCCCAAGAAGGUUUGGAUCAAUCUGGCAACCGUCCGAGGAAAUGCUUUUGGUGGCAAUAUGGCCCUGUGGACCUGCUUUGGCGCAUACAAGAGCCCGAAUGUCCCCACGCGACUGUGCAGCACCGACGACAACAUCGAGCUGGUCCUCUGCGGAUCAGAGCGGACAUUGCAACCCCAUUCAUUCGCCCCAGCAGACGACUACUGCUCUGGUCAUUGGGUCGGGAGAGGACAAACGCGCCGUUGCAUCCCACACACUGUCACCCCAAAGAGGACGGGGCCAAAGAAGAAGGAGCGAGAAGUAAGGGCUGCGCAGGCUUGCGCAGAGAUCCGCACUCGUAAUGUCACGAGUCCUGCUGUCAAGCCUGCCAGAGCUCAUCGCAUGUCAUCUGACGACUCUUCCUCGUCUGAUGAAGGAUUCUGAAUGCGGGACAGUGCAGGGGAGGACGAUGGGUGGAUUGACCGUUUGGUUUCGCUAUUGCUUUCUCCUUGAAGACCUAAUGCAAAGAAUCAUUGGUCCCUGGGUAGAUUAGCC